AUGGGGAUCCAUAACCCUCUUCCGUCGUCUAUGGCGUCGGAGUGCAAGAAAUGUGGAAAGAUUCUAGCAUCCUUUGUUGAUCCACGACAAGCAUUCGGACCAGAUAAGAUCAUUCCUCCUCAAAUCCUCGCAAACGCAAAAGGACUCGCAAUCCUGACCGUAAUCAAGGCAGGCUUCCUCGGCUCAGCACGAUACGGUAACGGUAUUGUUGUCGCACGCCUUGCAGACGGUAGCUGGAGCGCUCCCUCAGCCAUCGGUACUGGUGGCGCGGGUUUCGGUGGACAAAUCGGUUUCGAGCUCACGGACUUCGUCUUUAUCCUCAACGACGCCGCGGCCGUCCGGACAUUCUCGCAACAAGGAUCCCUUACACUAGGUGGAAAUGUGUCCAUUGCUGCUGGGCCUGUAGGACGCAAUGCUGAGGCGGCUGGAGCAGCGAGUUUAAAGGGCGUAGCUGGUAUUUUCAGUUAUUCGAAGACUAAAGGCCUGUUUGCCGGAGUCAGUUUGGAGGGCAGUGCGAUUAUCGAGAGGAGGGAUGCGAAUGAGAAGCUUUAUGGGCAGCGCUAUACUGCGAAUCAGCUCUUGGAGGGUGCGGUGCGACCUCCACCUGCAGCUCAGCCACUUAUGGCUAUUCUAAAUUCAAGGGUCUUUGCGGGUAUUCCAGGAAACGAUGCAGGGGUUUACAACGAUGUUCCAGUUUAUGAUGAGAGACACGAUGAUGUGGUCUGGGAGGGACGGCGGGGGAGUGCGAUGGGAGAAGGUGUAAGGAGAGAUCGUACGGGAAGCGCGGGAAAUGAUGACUAUACCUUCAGCGACAAGCCAAAACGCGCAAAUACCUGGGCAGACGAUAUUUAUGACCGUCCAGCAGGCGGUCCCUCGAGGUCCAGCACUUUCAAUACGAACCGUGCACGAUCAGGAAGCGGGUUCGAUGAUGACUAUACCUACUCCGACUCUCCUCGCAGUCCAGCAGGCAGCGGCAAAAUAGGACCAGGAAGACCAGCGGCACCAAAACCAUUGUUCCAAAGCAAAACUGGUGCUCUGAGGACUAACGAGGCCGUUGCGCUUUUCACGUUCGAUGCAGACCAGCCAGGUGACCUGGGAUUUAAGAAAGGGGAUAUUGUUACCGUCACCAAGAAGACCGAAAGCAGCAAUGACUGGUGGACUGGCUCAAUUGGUGGUCGAUCAGGCAUCUUCCCUAGCAAUUACGUCCAGAUGAAGUAG